AUUCAAACUUUAACUUCACCAUUCCCUUUCACAUGCAGCAAAACCCCAUCUGCUCUCUCUUCUUCUUUCUCCUUUUCACUGUCACUCUCAGUGCCUUCCCUUCCUUUCCCCCCUCUUUGUAUUUAUAGUUAAUAGUAGGAUCAAGUUUUGGUUGAGCCUAUACCCCUUUUCCUCAUACAACUCUCUCUACCGUUCUUACUCGUUAGAUCCUAAUCUUCAACAUCUAUGUAACACCACUCUUCCAAGAUUGUAUCAUCUAUCUUGAGCCUCUCGCUUCAUAUAUUAAGGGACUAAUGGGGAAAAAGGUUGUUAGGAAGAGUAGAGCAGCUGCCAAGGAGAAACGAGCUGCAGCCCAGCCUGAUAAAAGUGCUCCUCAACCAUCAAAUGAUGUUGAGAGUUAUGGCAUUGGAGCAGUGGAAGAGAGAAAACCUUGUGGCCAUCUGGACAGGGACAUUGAUUUGGAUAAAUUUUCUGUUAAAUUUGGGUCUUCGGAUCCUAUCAGAUGUGAGGAUUGUCUACAAGGUGCAAAUGAUAGAAGAGGGAGGAAGGGAAAGGGUAAACAUGGGAAGAAGAAGGGAGGUGCUUCAGCGGAUUCAAAAUCCGAUUCGAAAGCCAUCUGGGUUUGUUUAGAUUGUGGGCACUAUGCUUGUGGAGGGGUUGGACUUCCUACAACCCCUCAAAGCCAUGCAGUUCGGCAUGCUAAACAAGCCCAACAUCCUUUGGUGAUCCAGUGGGAGAACUCUCAUCUCUGGUGGUGCUUUCUAUGCAAUACACUCAUUCCUGUUGAGAAAACGGAGGAAAAUGGUGAAAAUAAAGAUGAAUUAUCAGAGGUUGUAAAAUUAAUGAAGGGUCGAUCAACGAAAGGUUCAUCUGUGGAUGUCAAGGAUGUGUGGUUUGGUAGUGGCAGUGUUACUAGCGAAAUCAAAUCUGAAGGCAUUUUACCUCUUGGGGAUUGUUUUGAUGGAAAGGCUGGCUAUGUGGUUAGAGGUUUGACUAACCUUGGGAGUACUUGCUUCUUUAAUUCAGUCGUGCAAAAUCUUCUAGCCAUGGGUAGAUUCCGGGAUUACUUCUUGAAUAUGGAUGUAUCUUUUGGCCCACUUACUAUUGCUUUGAAGAAGCUCUUUGCUGAAACAAAACCAGAGGUGAGAAAUGUUAUAAAUCCAAAGUCUUUUUUUGGGUGUGUUUGUUCUAAGGCUCCCCAGUUUAGCGGAUAUCAGCAGCAUGACAGUCAUGAACUGCUUCGUUGCUUGCUUGAUGGACUGUGUACUGAGGAAUUGGAUUUCAGAAAAAUAGUUAAUGCUUCUGAGGAAAGUGGGAUUUCUUCAAAUCAAGGUCCUACUUUUGUGGAUUCUGUAUUUGGGGGACAAAUUUCUAGUACUGUUUGUUGUGUGGAAUGUGGGAGCUCCUCAACAGUUUAUGAGCAAUUUUUGGAUCUCUCUCUUCCGGUUCCGACUAAGAAACCUCCACCUAAAAUAGCCCAGCCUUCUCGAGCCAAGAAAACAAAACCUACACCAAAGAAAAGUGGAAAGGUUCAAUGCAAAGCCAACAAAGAUAUUGAUACUGUAACAGUUCAAAAUCCUCCAAGUCCAGCUGCCAUCAGUGAGUCUCCAUGUGUGACACAGUCUACUGCACCUCCUACCAAAAAAGUGGCGGUUUCUUCUAGCAAUUCUUCAUUAUCAGGUUCUGUUAGCUCAUCAACUAUGGCUGCCGAAAGCAUUCCGUCUCAGAAUUUUUCAGCUGUUGCACAGCCUGAGAAUGAGCAAGUUUUGGAUAAUUCAAUGGACCAAACAGUGUCUUCAUUCGAUGAUUUUACAUGGUUGGAUUAUCUUGAACCAGAAAGUAUGUUAAAUGGGCAUGAUUUGAAUUUGCAAAGUAAUGAUUUAUUAUUUCAAGAUUCUGGAGAUAAGGAUAAGGUUUCAGGUGAUAUUUCAAUGGAGAUUAGUCAGAUUCCUUCACUCAAUGAUGAGCAAAAUUCAAAACCAGAUUCUUCUUCUGUGAAUCCCAGAGAUGAUGAGCUACCCGUUUUUGCUCAAGCUUCAGAAGUUAUCUUGCUUCCAUACAAUGAAGAAAAUUCCACUACUGGGGAGAUGAUGAAUGGAGAUGCUGAGGCCUACUCAUUGCUCGUUGGCUGUGGAGAAGAGGAAUUGGACUUUGAUGGCUUUGGAGGGUUAUUUAAUGAACCUGAAAUUGCUGCUAGGCCAGUUGCAGGGUCACUUGCUGGGCCCUCUUUAGGUGGUGAAGGGAUGGAGAGUGGUUUUUUAGUAGGAAAUAGCAGUGAAUCUGAUCCAGAAGAGGUUGAUAAUUCAAGUUCUACUGUGUCUGUAGAAAGUUGUUUGGCUCAUUUUAUAAAGCCAGAGCUUCUUACUGAUGAUAAUGCUUGGGAUUGUGAGAGCUGUUCAAGGACUCUACAAUGCCAAACGUUGGAAACUUCAAAGAAGCAGGCUAAACUUGCUUCGCAAGUUUUUGUAAAUGGAGGUGAGACUAAAAAGCCAAAUGAUCUAAAGGCUACAAAAGACCUAUCCUUUACUUCUGAAGUCAAAACUCUUAGUAAUGGUGAUAUGAAAACUGAAAUUGAUCUGGACACUUCUGGUGAAAGCUUGGUUUUACAUAAUGGGAAAUCUGAUUGCUUAAAUCAAACUUGUGCGGAAUUUGAAAGUGGUCAGACAUGUGAGAUUAAUCCAGUUGUUUCUCAUGGGCAAGAGGGAAAAAAAGAGACAAGUGAUGCAGUUCCUGGACAAUCCCAGUCUUCUGGUGUCAGAAAAUCUGGCAGUCAAGAAAGCUUUGGUUAUCAAGUUGAAGAUUGUCAAAGUGCUGAUAAGUCUGGUGGUUCUGGCACUGCUGAUGGUGUUCAGUCAAAUGAGGAAAUAAAUUCCUUAGCAGUAAAGGUGAAGCGAGAUGCCACCAAAAGGGUCCUUAUAAAUAAUGCCCCGCCCAUUUUAACUGUUCAUCUGAAGAGGUUCAGCCAAGAUACUCGUGGUCGUUUAAGUAAAUUGAAUGGCCAUGUAAAUUUCAGUGAAAUGAUUAAUCUUAGACCAUACACGGAUCCCAGGUGCACAGAUCAAGAGAAAUAUGAUUAUCGUCUGGUUGGAGUGGUGGAGCAUUUGGGAACCAUUAGAGGGGGUCACUAUGUUGCAUAUGUGAGAGGUGCAAAAAUUAAAGGAAAACAAGAGAAAGAAAACGAAGGCUGCGUGUGGUAUCAUGCCAGUGAUGCCUAUGUGCGUGAAUCUUCCCUCGAAGAAGUACUUCGCUGUGAGGCAUACAUUUUAUUCUACGAACAACUUUGAAAUAAUUCCUUUUCAUUCAUGUUACUUGAUGUUCCUUCCCAAGGGGGGGGGGGGGGGGGGGGAGGGGAGAGAGAGAGAGAGAGAAACUGAGGGAGAGACAAAUACCAGAGGUGAGUGUACAACCACUACCAUAUGUUCUAAUACCAUUUUUUUUUUUUUUUUACAUGUAUUGAGUUCCCUGAUGUAUAUCAAUUCAUGACACCAUAUCAUAUAAAGAAAAUGUAAUUUCUUUACCUUA